AACGUUUCCUCUCAGCAUUGCUUACUCAUCAGAAACCUCUGUAGGUGGCAGGCAGCAGAGAAUAUGUAUACCAACUACACCAAAGAAACUCUCCCAUCCCCGCGCCCAAAAAGCCAGCCAAAAAACAGGUAUAAAGCUUCAAAAAAAAAAAAAAAAAAUGCCACCCAUAGAAGUCUGGAAAAUAGCCAACCCCAUCACACACCCUGGAACCCGAAGAUUGCAACGAGGCAAUCUGACUGAUCGCCCACCCCACAGUUCUGGAAAAGUUUGCCCCCAAAGCGGUUUCUCCCCGCUCCCUACUCUCUUACUACAAAAACCGAAUCUCAGACCUCGCACUGCCUUCUGCACCCACGGAUACCAAAGCUGCAGGUUGCCAGUCUCUCUAAAUAAAAGUGUGCUUCUUCCGCUUUGAGGUCAACUCUGUCUUCUCGUUUUCCUCCUCUGACUUACUUCUCACAGCACAGGAGUGUGGAGAUGUUUUCUGGUUGCUUGUUUUAUGUAUGGGUUCCCACCUCCGGCAACUGGAAGGAGUGUCCAUGGGUCUCCUCUGCCCCCGCCCAGCGCUCCGCCUACUUUCCUGGAGGUGGCCCUGCUCCAGCGUCCCUGAGGCUUCGCUGCCAGGGGCCAGAUCCACCCGGACACUUAAAGACUCACUACCCACUGAGCAGAAGCUAGAGAAGAAAGGUUUAUGAGGUGGCGACUCGUCUAAGGUCCCAAAGCUGAGCUGCAAUCCAGAGUGACCUCGGAAUCUGCCAACCAAACCGUUUUCGCCACCGUACCUGUGGCCAUAAGGGAAUUUUGUGACUCUGGAAAGCUGGGUGGAAAGUUUCAGCAAACAGUUCCUUUGCAUUUUAUCCAUCGUCUGCGCGUUAGCUGUCAUGAGAAGCGUACAGUAAAGGCUUAUUACUUCAUUUUAGGAACUUCGGGCCCCGACACAAUGGAUAAAUUUGACCUGAUUAAGAUCAUCGGGGAAGGCACCUUUGGGAAAGUAUACUUGGCAAAAAAUAAAACAGAAAGCAAUCACUGCGUCAUAAAAGAGAUCAAUUUUACAAAGGAAAAAGAAGCUUCACAGAAAGAAGUGAUUCUUCUGGCUCAGAUGAAGCAUCCCAACAUUGUAACCUUCUUCAGUGCCUUUCAAGAGAAGAGCAGGCUGUUUAUUGUAAUGGAGUACUGUGACGGAGGGGAUCUCAUGCAAAGGAUCCAGAGGCAGAGGGGAGAGCUCUUCAGUGAAGACCAGAUCCUGGGCUGGUUUGUGCAGAUUUCUCUAGGACUGAAGCAUAUUCACGACAGGAAGAUACUGCACAGGGACAUAAAGUCUCAGAACAUCUUUCUUAGCAAGAAUGGAAAGGUUGCAAAGCUUGGGGACUUUGGAACAGCAAGGACACUGAAUAAUUCCAUGGAACUUGCUCACACAUGUGCUGGGACACCUUACUACCUGUCCCCAGAGAUUUGUCAGAACAGACCAUACAACAACAAAACGGAUAUUUGGUCUCUUGGAUGUGUCUUAUAUGAGCUCUGCACACUCAAGCAUCCUUUUGAGAGUAACAACUUACACCAUCUGGUUCUGAAGAUUUGUCAAGCACGUGUUGCUCCUAUAUCACCCCACUUUUCUCUUGACCUACGGUCCUUGAUACCUCAGCUCUUUAAAGUGUCUCCUCAGGAUCGACCAUCUAUUAAUUCUCUUUUGAGAAGGCCUUUUUUAGAAACUCUUAUUGCCCGAUACAUGUCUCCUGAGGUCCAUUCAAGAAGAAUUCAGUCCCACGCUCAUGUGCAGAAUGCCGCUAUCCAUCUCACAACUCACUGGGGAGGUAGUCCACGGUCUGCUGCGUAUCUUCAGAGGAGAUUUGAAGCUCAGCAAUAUAAGUUAAAAGUGGAAAGACAAUUGGGUCUUCGUCCACCUUCUGCUGAGCCACAUCCCAAUGGGAGAGAAAAGCUACAAAGCCACAGGGAGGAGACUCAACUCCAGGAGCUUCGGUACAGGAAGAACAGAAUGAAGGACCAGGAAUAUUGGAGACAGUUGGAGGAAAUCCGCCAACAGUACCACAGCGACAUGAAGGAAAUACAGAAGAGGAUGGGGAGAGAGCUCAAGGAGAAUGCAGACCUCAGUCAUAAAACCUAUUUGGUGAAGAGGAAUCACCUGAACUCCCACCCUGACGCAGCUGAAGAAGAAACCUUGAUACAGAGAGGGGUAAAGUUUGAAAUUAGCCUAGAUAAGUAUAUUUCUGAGGAAGACGCCAUCCAAGAGAAUGAGGUAAUGGAUAAACUAAAUGAUACCUUGAGAUUUGAAGAUGGCAUGAAGUUUCAGGAGUGCAGAGCUGUAAAGGAGCAUGAAAAUUACACAGACAGAGCCUUUGAGGAGCUCUGUGGCCCUGAAGCAGGGGGUCUCUUUCAGGACGGCGCCUUUGCUGUAGAGAACAGGAGGCAGUGGGAUGCCAGAGCCCCUCAGACUCUGCUGCAGAUGAUGGCAACAGCAGACGUCACCUCCCCCUGCCCCACCAUGCCUGACGAUGGCCAAGUUAUUGUGAUGGAAGGUAGUCCAGGAAAUGGGAAGCAGUGGUGGUGUGAUGUGCCAGGGACCCUGAGUGCUGUGACAGCAGCACAGGCCUGCAGUAGCCCAUUGUCUGCCAGUGGAGGGGAAUCCGUAAUGGUAAAACCACAGCUUCCUCAAGAAAACCAGGAAGAGACAGAAGUAGCCGCUGGCAUUGUAGUGGGUGAUGAGCAGUUGGAUCCAGGAUCAGAUGGUGACAUAAAAUUUGAAGAGUCUGAAGAUGAGUUGAGAAGUGAAAUAAUAGAAUCCCUAGAAAAACUUGCAACUUCCACAGAAGAAAGGGAAGAGGCUUCCAGCUCCUCUAAGAAUGCUGAAAAGCCAGGAGAGAAAGAAAGCAUAAACCUGCCAGUCUAGAAACUCCAGUGAAGGUCUGGAAGCUGGUUUUGGCCCAUCUACUCUGUAUUGCUAAGGCCACAGUUCAUCAAACGCAAGUCAAAAUGUGCAAGCCUGAAUACUAUUUCUCAUUGCCGGGGAUUCAUGUCCUUAAAGAAAAAUCCACUCUCUUACUGAUUUUGUACACUUUGCCCUGAUGAUGCUCUCGAGUGACAACUCCGAUGAAUGCUGUUUUUAGCUUCAACUCUGUCUAUUAAAUUGAAGCUAUCUGUUCAUAUCGCCACAUUUGUCUUUAGAAUAAAAUUUAUUAGAAAAAA